GAUGUAAGCAUCUGUGAAUCCCUAUCUCCAGCUAGCUAUUACCAUUAACAAGCUCACCUCAUUCAGUGUGCAAACCGCUUCCACUUUCCAAUAAUCAAACCCCACUUUGUGUGUGCCUGCGUAUAUAUAUACUGACCUGCCACUCCUGAUCUGGUUUCAAGCAAGCACAUCCCUUCCUGCAUCAAUUUCAAAUAAGAAGAAAAAGAGGAGGAAUUAGUAGCAGUGAAAUUCAAUUUCUGCAUGAUUAUGUCUUCUGAUGAAACCCUAAGUUUGGAGUUCAUACGUCAGUACCUUCUCGAAGACUGCAGCUCUGCGGAGGCGUUGGUCGGCAACCUCGCGCUCUGUUUGUCGGAUUUCUAUGGUGAUCGGCCGAUUUGGAGCCCCCAGCGAAACGACUCCCCCUCGGAUUUCUGCUCCGAUUUGGACAAUCACCCCGACUCGCCAAUUGCGCGCUACUUCAAUUUCAGCCCUGACAUCUUCGAGUGCGAAUCGAAGCCACAAAUCGAAAUGAGCUGCGUACCGUUGGAGGAGGGAGCCUCUACAACUACUACACAAAAACCGCCCGUCAAACCCGAACCCGAAUCCGCGGAGUCGUACCCGCCCACUUUGAUCGAAGUCGGCGAGGGAAGGCAUUACAGAGGAGUCAGGAAGCGGCCGUGGGGGAAGUACGCCGCGGAGAUCCGGGAUCCGACCCGGAAAGGCAGCCGGGUAUGGUUAGGUACUUACGACACGGAGGUGGACGCCGCCCGGGCUUACGACUCUGCCGCCUUCAGGAUGAGGGGAAACAAAGCCAUUUUGAACUUCCCGCUGGACGCCGGAAAAUCAGCGCCGCCGGCAAUCACCGGCCGGAAGAGGAUGAGAAGAGAGGGGACAUCUGAUGAUUGUGGAACCCCGAGUCCUUGAACUUUACCAUUUCCUUAAAAAGCCUUUGUAAGAUUUCACCAUGGAUGAAAAUACUAGGGAUGGAAACACUGUAAAUUUGCAUUAUUACUUAAGCAGCCACAAAUAGAUGGGUAUGACACUUCCAAA